UGCGCACGCGCAUGGUCGCCCCAGGGGGAAGCGCAGGUUGCCUAUGGGUCCCGCGGGUCGGCGGCCUGGUUGCCAUGGCAGCGGGGUCGCGGGCCGGCGCCAGGGAAGGCCCAGAAGCUGCGGGCGGCCAGGGCUGCCCGCGGAGCCCCAGACCCGGACGCCCGAUCCCGCAGCCCUGAGGGGCGAUCGGGCAGCGCCGCCACCAUGUUCCUGAGCACCGGGGAGCCGGCCUCGGAGACGGGAGAUGACAGUCUGUCUGCAGUCACCUUUGACUCUGACGUGGAGACGAAAGCAAAAAGGAAAGCUUUCCACAAACCUCCACCCACAUCGCCAAAGUCACCUUAUCUCUCUAAGCCAAGAAAAGUGUCCUCCUGGAGGUCCCUCAGGACGGCAGGGAGCAUGCCUCUGGGCGGCCGAGCGUCCCUGACCCCGCAGAAGCUGUGGCUGGGAACCGCAAAACCAGGAAGUCUGACCCAGGCCCUGAACUCACCCCUCACCUGGGAGCACGCGUGGACCGGCGUCCCCAGCGGCACUCCCGACUGUCUGACAGACGCCCUCAGAGUGAAGAGGACACAUCUCAGGCGCUCUGCCAGCAACGGUCACGUCCCUGGGACUCCUGUCUACAGAGAGAAAGAAGACAUGUAUGACGAGAUUAUUGAGUUAAAGAAGUCAUUGCACGUGCAGAAGAGCGAUGUGGACCUGAUGAGAACGAAGCUCCGGCGCCUGGAGGAGGAAAACAGCAGGAAGGACCGGCAGAUAGAGCAGCUCCUUGAUCCCAGCCGGGGCACAGAUUUUGUUCGGACUCUGGCAGAGAAAAGGCCCGAUGCCAGUUGGGUCAUUAAUGGGCUGAAGCAGAGGAUCCUGAAGCUGGAGCAGCAGUGCAAGGAGAAGGAUGGCACCAUCAGCAAACUCCAGGCCGAUAUGAAGACCACCAACUUGGAAGAGAUGCGGAUCGCCAUGGAGACGUACUACGAGGAGGUGCAUCGUCUCCAGACCCUCUUGGCAAGUUCUGAAACCACCGGAAAGAAGCCCCUGGGGGAGAAGAAGACGGGCGCCAAAAGGCAGAAGAAGAUGGGCAGUGCCCUCCUGAGCUUGUCCCGGAGCGUCCAGGAGCUCACGGAGGAGAACCAGAGCCUGAAGGAGGACCUGGACCGUGUGCUGAGCACCUCCCCCACCAUCUCCAAGACACAGGGUUAUGUGGAGUGGAGCAAGCCCCGGCUGCUGAGACGCAUUGUGGAGCUGGAGAAGAAACUAAGUGUGAUGGAGAGCUCAAAACCACAUGCCGCAGAGCCAGUCAGAUCACACCCGCCAGCCUGCCCUGCAUCCAGCUCUGUGCUGCACAGACAGCCACGAGGGGACCGCAACAAGGACCACGAGCAUCUCCGAGGGGCUGUGAGAGACCUGAAGGAAGAGCGGACUGCCCUGCAGGAGCAGCUGCUGCAGAGAGAUUUGGAGAUAAAGCAGCUCCUGCAGGCGAAGGCCGACCUGGAGAAGGAGCUGGAGCGUGCAAGGGAGGGCGAGGAGGAGAGGAGAGAGAGAGAGGAGACUUUGAGAGAGGAGAUUCAGAUGCUUACCAGCAAGCUCCGAGAACUGCAAGAAAUGAAGAAAGAAGAGAAAGAGGAUUGCCCAGAAGUUCUUCAUAAGGCCCAAGAGCUCCCAGCUCCCACUCCCAGCAGCAGGCACUGCGAGCAAGACUGGCCGCCGGACUCCCGUGAGGAGGGGCUCCCGUGGCCCCGCUCCCCCUGUUCUGAUGGGAGAAGAGACGCCGCGGCCAGGGUGCUGCAGGCCCAGUGGAAGGUGUACAAGCACAAGAAAAAAAAAGCUGUUCUGGAUGAGGCAGCUGUGGUGCUUCAGGCAGCUUUCAGGGGACAUCUGGCGCGGACAAAGCUCUUAGCAAGCAAAGCAUGUGGCUCAGAGCCGCCCAGCACGCCAGGCCUCCCAGACCAGAGCUCUCCUGUGCCCCGUGUUCCGAGUCCCAUCGCCCAGGCCGAGGGCAGCCCUGCGCAGGAGGAGGCCAUCGUCGUCAUCCAGUCCGCUCUGCGGGCACACCUGGCCCGGGCCAGGCACAGCGCUACCGGUAAAAGAACCACCGCCGCAGCUUCUACGAAGAGGAGAUCGGCUUCAGCCACACACGGGGCCGCCUCCGCCCCACCCUUCCUCGCAGCUCCUCCUGACCCCUCUCCCGCAGGGCCGCAGCCCGUGGCACCUCCACCUGGGGAUGACGUCAACUCCGACAAUUCCGACGAUAUUGUCAUCGCCCCGUCUCUGCCCACGAAGAAGAACUUUCCAGUCUAGGUCCCCGUCACUGUCUCCAUGACGUGAUGGCAGCACUGCUGAGGACACAGGAGCCAUGACUGGAAAGAUAAUUUGUUGUGUUAGGAGAAGAAUGAUACCUACUUAACAUCUCAACAUCUGCAUCGUCUCUCUGUGCUUUUGCUUGUGGAAGGAAAUCCAAAUGCCUUUACUUUAUUCUCCAGGGAGGGCCAGCGGCUCGCAUCCCCUUCGUCCCCAGCUGCAGCUUGGAUGGUGGGUUUUCAGUGCCGACAGACACGUCUGCCGUGAGCUUGCGGACACCAGGGAGCCCUGUAGUGACAUGUUAUCUGACCACCUCGCCACCUGCCCACGAUCUUGACCAUGAGGAGCUGCUAUCCGCAGCUAGCGCCAACACCACGCCCCCUCUUCCUGGUGACACCCACGACAACCAGGAUUUGCUUCGAUCUCGGCCCAGUAGGCCAGGCAGAGGAACCCCGCUGUGCCUUAGGAAGGUGUGAGACCGGCUUCCCCCAUCCCCACAGCAAAACACGGCAUGUCCCAAGCCAGUGAGGAGCUAAAGACACCCAGGUGCCCAAAUGAGCCUACUCCAUGCCCCACCUGCCCACACCGUCCUUUCCCAUCACCCUCGCUACCCCCUGGAGCACCGCCCUCCAGAGCUGCCCUUCCCAGGAAGGAGUUUGGUUGGAUUCUGUCACUGUGGAGACAAAGUCUUUUCUUUAAUUCCAAAUUAUAAUCACAAAAGCAGCAUCACACUUGCUUUUGAGAACAUCAGAGUGAUGUCUGUUCCCAA